AAUGAGCAAACCAGUUUUCUCAUCUCCAAACCCAGUGGGUUCUUUAUUUCUCUCAAUUAUGCACCGUAAGCUGUAUUUGGAGCUGUGCUAGCAGUCCUGAGAGUGCAAAAGGCAGUCAGUGAGAAAUGUGCUUGUUCAAAACUCUGAAAAAAUUAGGUUGUACCUAAUUAACUUAAAACUCUGAAGACACUGUUAACUAAUGCAUAGAAUUCUCCAUAGGUACAGCAUCCACACAGCUCUGUUCAGGGGCAGAUACAGAUUUUCUAACAUCAUUUACUGUUACUGUGACUCUUCCAGCAAUUCCCCAGGCUUAGAGAAAUCUUAGUGGACUAGUGCAGUAAAAGAUAGUUAGGCAUGGAUUAAUGAACAGGGAUGAAAUUAAUGGUUUCUUCCUUCUUAAGAGAUCGCUAAUUUUUAUUUUCUGAAAUAUGUAGAACUGUCCUGUCAGUGUGUAUCUGUGCAGGGUUAUAAUUCUUCUGACUCAGGUACAUGAGAUAUCACCAUCCAGCUAAACCACAUCUGUCACUUUAAAAACAAAGUGUCUGUAAGCUUUGUAAUAAGUUAUUUCCAGUAUAAAAGGUUCUCAGGGGGCAGCAAAGGGAAUUUCAGUGAGUUGUCCUUGGAGUCACAAGUUGUUCACAACAGUCAGCAGCUGAGGAGCCCUGUCAGGACUCAGUUUGACCUUGCUGGUGCCUUCAGCACCUUAAACAUGGAACAUCCAGCAAAGCCACGUGCUUCUAGCCAGCUCAGCAUGCCCUGAGCACGGUGACCCACCAACCCCUGGGCAGGGAGAGGGCACAGAAAACUUGUAAUGCAGUUGCUGUGAAGCAGCAGUUUGUGUUGCAGAGCUGCAGCCGUGCCACGUGCUGUGCGCAGGGCUCGGGUACAGACUGAGCAGGCAUAGACUGCUCACCUCAGAGUCCUUCCUGCGCUGGGGCUCUCAGAGUGUGUCACAAAAUGAGCUGGGCUUGGCAGUUCUGGAUCUUGGUACAAAGAAAUUGCUUUCUCUUUUUACUGUUUGCAGUUGGGCCAAUCCUGCCAGUCACAGAACAGUGGCUUCCAGUCUCCUCCCAGCUGGGAUUCAAGCUUGGAUGUGGACAUGAGCUGGAGAAAUACUGAAGACAUGGCUGUGGGGAAGGCAGAGGAGAGCAGCCAAGAGGCAGACUGUGAGCUGAGGUUGAGUGAGCCUCCCUGGGAGGAUGAUAGUGAAGAUUACCAAGAGGCAGAGAAGCCAUAUGAAAGCAACAGUCCUCUCCAGUUCCUUUUGGAGGUAACCCAGAUGUUGGAAUCUCUCCGCACUGGCAGCACGGAGUCAUCACAGACUCAGUGGGAUUAUUGUGGCUUAGGGAAGCAGAGUGAUGGGGAAGAUGUGAGGUGCCAGGAAAAGACCACAGGAACAGCGGUCUUGGGAGCAGAGGGAAGUCAACUACACAUUCUGGCAGAAGAUGAGAAAGAACACUUCUUGGCAAGAGGGGUAGGGUAGUGGUGGUCCUAAAAGAGCCUCUGGUCCUGGAUGAGAGACAAGAGACAGUGAAGGAAACUAGCUCUAGAAGAGAUGGGGGAGUCCCAGGGAGGCAGGGACACACAGGAGGAGACAGCAGGGAGGGGAACGCAGGAGAAAUGUAAGAGGGAAGGGUGGUUUUUUAUGUAUGGCUGUGUAUCUUUAUAAACAGGAAGCUUUUUACAGAUCAAACCUUCAGAUGUGAGUUGGAAGAAUUGCUCCUUGGCAGUGUAAAGGUGACUCAUGAGAGCUGGCAGGCUGCUCUCAGGUUUAAGGCAAGACUGGAAUACUUGCCCUGUUCUAAUUGGUGUGUUUUGCAGCACAGCUUGGCUGGUUUCAGGCCCACGUGGCUGUGCCAGCAAGAACCAUCUGCCCCUGGGGACCGUCAUGUCUUGGAAGCAGGCACUGUUUAGCCUGGGUUUGCAUCAGUCCUGUAUCAAGGGGGCUGUGGUCUUCCACCAGCCUCUGAGGUAUUCCUGGGACAGGUAACAUAGCAGUGGAAGAAUGGUGUCAUUUUUCCACACUCACAGUUGUUCCCUUGAAAACUCAGACAUUGGAGCUAAAUAACUUUCAGGGUUUUCACCUGUUCAGACAGAACAGUGUUAUUUCCAGCAGUUACUCUGUUCUUAACUGCUGUUAUUCACAGCAGUUCCCUCAUCGUUCUCCCAGUGGUCAAAACCAAACACAGCACCGUGUCCAGUUUCUUCCUGAGAAGUCUGCCCAUGCUUCAGAUCUGUUGAGGAUUCUGAGGUGUCCCUUCAUAUAAUCCCACAUCCAGGACUUCAAAAAGCCUCCCUUUCCUGCCACUCUACAUUUUAUUGGCAAAUUAGUACAACAACAGCACCACUCUCCUUCCUGGAUGAGUCUAUUCCCUGUCAUAUUCAUGUGGGAGUUUCUGGGGAAACAACCUUGUUGUGCUCUAGGGGAUCCUGUUAUCUGUAUCUCGAGCUCUAACAAGCCUGAGGCAGUCUUACCUCAGCUCCUGAUUGCCCUCUCUACAUCCAUGACUCUUCCCAAAGAGCAGACAGACACAACACUGGGCAGCUCCACAGGGUUUGUGUUAGCCAGAGGUGGAUAUGAUCCAAGAGAUCAGACCCAGCUGUUACUGAGCGCUGAGCAGCACAGGGGAAGUCUCGGUAAGGUCAGACAUCAUCCUCAGAAUAACAGAGAGCAAGUGAGCUCCCAGCUGAGCCUGGAUGCAGUAAAGGGAUGUGCAGCAGGCUGGCUUCUAGAUAAAUGACUCGGGUCCUUUAUCUCAGGCUGCCAUUUUAGAUGUGUCCUCCUCUGUGCUCCUCAGGACAAGACUCCAGAGACACCUGGAGAACAAGCUUUAGGUGAGCAGCAAGCACAGGAGAUGAGUGCUCAAGCCCAGGACCAAGAUGACAGUGGCAGCACCUCUGCAGCCCCAGUGCUGGACUCCACAAGCCCUCCCGACACACACCUGGUGCAGCCGAGCUGGAAUAACCCCCUCCAGCAUUUGCUCCUCAAGAAAACACUCCUGACCAUCUGGAGGAUGAUAGCCAGUCACAGAUACAGCAGCCCAUUCCUGAAGCCAGUGUCAGAGAAACAAGCCCCUGGAUACAGGGAUGUGGUAAAGAGACCCAUGGAUUUAACCAGCAUAAAGAGAAGGCUGGCAAAGGGACACAUUCAGUCCAUGAUCCAGUUCCAGUGUGACCUCAUGCUCAUGUUCCAGAACGCAGUGAUGUACAACAGCUCUGACCACCAUGUGUUCCACAUUGCUGUGGAGAUGCAGCGAGAGGUCAUGGAGCAGCUGCAGGUUUUGGCUGAAGCCCUCCUGUACUCCAGAGACAGGCUGGAGUGAGGGAGAAGGUAACAAGCCACACCUGAGGCCAUUUUCAUUUGGAGCAGUGUUGUCUCUGUGGCUCAGGACAUGCUGGGCUCGGGGGAUGUGCUGCCGUGGCCUUGGGCAGAGCUCUUUAUCCCCAGUGGUGGCUGCUGGGUCACCACAAUAAGGAUCAAAGCGGUUUCUUGGAGGGGCACCAUGUUGGAAGCCUCCUGUUUUCUUUGGGGAAAGUAGCAACGUAGCCCUGCAGGGAGAAAAGUUUGCUGGGAUGAAAAACAAGGGAGAAAAUGCAGUUUGUGGCCUGGUGGAUGAGCUGGGCACAG